AGCCGAACUUCCGUCCCGUUUCCGCGGAACCGGAGCUUGAGGUGCUACGGUGAGUGUCGGCCCUCGGUGCGCCUUUCGGCCUCCGGUUUCCUUGUGUGUGGUCGGGCCACCUCGCUUCUUGUCUCAGAAUCGCGCUGGCGGAGUCUGGCUUUGUGAGCUGGUGUCUGAGGAGGCCUUUCUUCCUGAGAACCCGUCCCUGAGGACACCGUGGUCAGGGUCUCUGGGGCUCCCGAAGGAACUUCCCCCCACACCCCUUUAACUGUAACCAGAGAACGAGACUCACUCGAGCUGGAUCUGCGUGGCUUCCGGAUCCUUUGUGUAUAAUGGACAAGCACUGCACCUGAUGAACCGCGUUCUCACCAGCCGCUUGGUUUCAUUGUUGAUUUCUGAGAAGACCGUCUCUAGCAAUCAAGGGUGAUUUUGAACUCCAGAUCAAGGGUUGGGAAUACAGGAGACAGAAAAGAGCCCUGCUUUUGGUUACCCUCCACUGGCUUCAUGUCUUCCAUGCAGAUGGAUCCAGAGUUAGCCAAGCAGCUCUUCUUUGAAGGAGCCACGGUGGUCAUUCUGAACAUGCCCAAGGGGACAGAGUUUGGCAUUGACUACAACUCUUGGGAGGUGGGGCCCAAGUUCCGGGGUGUGAAGAUGAUUCCCCCUGGCAUCCACUUCCUGUACUACAGCUCUGUGGACAAGGCCAAUCCCAGGGAGGUGGGCCCUCGCAUGGGCUUCUUCCUCAGCCUGAAGCAGCGGGGGCUGACAGUCCUGCGCUGGAAUGCAGUCCAGGAAGAAGUAGACCUGUCUCCAGCUCCAGAGGCUGAAGUAGAAGCUAUGAGAGCCAAUCUCCCAGACCUAGACCAGUUUCUGGGACCUUACCCAUAUGCUACACUCAAGAAAUGGAUCUCACUCACCAACUUCAUCAGUGAGGCCACCAUGGAGAAGCUGCAGCCUGAGAGCAGGCAGAUCUGCGCCUUCUCAGAUGUGCUGCCUGUGCUUUUCAUGAAGCACACCAAGGACAGGGUGGGGCAGAACCUGCCCCUCUGCGGCACCGAGUGCAGAAGCUACCAAGAGGGCCUAGCCCGGCUGCCCGAGAUGAGGCCCAGGGCUGGGACAGAGAUCCGCUUCUCAGAGUUGCCCACUCAGAUGUUCCCAGCAGGAGCCACACCAGCAGAGAUCACCAGGCACAGCAUGGACUUGAGCUAUGCCCUCGAAACUGUGCUCAGCAAGCAGUUCCCUGGCAACCCCCAGGAUGUGCUUGGUGAGCUCCAGUUUGCCUUUGUGUGCUUCUUGCUGGGCAAUGUGUAUGAGGCAUUUGAGCACUGGAAGCGGCUCCUGAACCUCCUGUGUCGGUCUGAAUCUGCCAUGGGGAAGUACCACGCCCUGUACAUCAGCCUCAUCUCCAUCCUGUACCACCAGCUUGGUGAGAUCCCUGCUGACUUCUUUGUGGACAUUGUCUCCCAGGACAACUUCCUCACCAGUACCUUACAGGUUUUCUUUUCUUCUGCCUGCAGUAUUGCUGUGGAAGCCACCCUGAGGAAGAAAGCUGAGAAGUUCCAAGCCCACCUGACUAAGAAGUUCCGCUGGGACUUCACUUCAGAGCCAGAGGACUGUGCCCCAGUGGUGGUGGAGCUCCCCGAGGGCAUCGAGACGGCCUAACUGCAAAUCCUCAAGCUGUGGGAGACCUCUUCCCUCAUCACUACAACCCAGCGUCUCCCCCAUUCAUUGUCCUGGAACCCUGCAGCACAGUGAUCCAGUCAGGUCCCGCAAGGAUGGAGCUGGAGCCUGUGCUCACCAUAAUACGUUCCUUUGCUACAAACGUGGCCAUUUAUGUAUGGCUUCCUAUAGACUGGCCCAGCCGCUGAAUUUCAGGAAAAAAAGAGGUCGAGAUGAAACCUGCCCCAGCAACAGUCUAAUUCCUUCUGACAAUGAGAAAUGAACAUUAGAUCCAAAAGAACUAGCUGCUUAUUCCAUUGCUGCUUAAAAGAGGAAAGAAACCAGAUCCAUCCUAGGGUCUGUGGCAUUAAGUCAGUGAGUUUUUAAGUUAAGUGUGGGUUGGUAGCUGAAUGUGGUUUGUAUAGAGUUUCUGCCUGCUCCUGGUUGGAUGGAAGGAAACCUGCUGGAACUCAGGCCACUGACCUCUCAGGAGCCUAGCUGGGAACAGGUGACAAGGAAGAUGAUGGGUUGAGUCUAGCAGGUGGCCAGCUUCAUCUGCCACACCUCCUUCUGCCAAAAGCCACAGUGGUUAAUACCUGAGUCGGCCGCUGACUGUGGGGUCUCCUGCUACUGUCACCGUCAUCCUGAGGCCUCACUCUGCAGCAGGAUGUAGAAACCUCCCACGGGUUCCCAUUUCUCACAAAGGCUCCCAUGAUGCUUCUGAUGACAUGGAAAUCAACAGCAAAAGGAGGGGUCUUGCUCUGAGCCUGCUUCUUAAGCCCUGGUAAAGCCUGGGCCUUUCUUCAGAACCAUAGAGAUAGCUGGGUAGCUUAACUCUCCCCAGCACUGCUGUGGGAUUCUCAUGAGUGCUGUCAUGUUUCUGGUGUUAGGGAGUCUUGAAGGCACACCCAUUGUGCGGUGUGGGCAGAGUUCUGCCUCAAGAAGGGCUCCCAGGCCCUCCAUUCUGACCUCAGGCUCUCUGCUGUACUCUGGAGUCCUUCUGAGGCUUGAGCUCACAGCAGGCCAGUGAGUGAGAGUCCUGCUGUUUAAGACUUUUGGUUCCUCUUGUUUCCUUGGAGAUGUUUUUCCAAGAGCACAAUGUACAUUAAAGUCUUUGAGUUGGGACUAAUCCCCCUGUGUGAGUCUCUUACAGCUAAUCUGCCCAGUUUCCAAAGUAGCCAAGCUGUGUGCAUAGACAACACAUCUACCUGCAGAACCCACCCUGGAGACCUGCUCACUCCCUACAGUCCCUGGAGAAGGCAGCCAGCCAGCCAGCUUUGCCUUUUUGCAGAGAGACACACCCUGUAGCUCUACAUUAACCUCAAGUUUCACCUUGUGGGAAUUGCUAUUCCUUUUUCCCCACAAAACCCACUCAUCACAACUACCUGGGGACUGGGUUAAAAGUGCAUCUCCCAACAAAUGAAUUUCUGAUGCAGGCUGCAAUGUGUACAAACCUUCUGCCGGGGCUGAGGAAAUGACUCAAUGGGUAAACUGCUUGGUAUAAAGCGUGAAGACCUUCAGAUCCCCAGAACUCGUGAAAGGCCAGGGCAGCAGUGCAUACCAGUAAUCAAAAUGCUGCAGAGGCUGAGUGGUCCUAGGGGCUUUCUGGUAAGCUGGAACUUGGUAAGCUGCAGGUUCAGGGAGAGACCCUGUCUCGGACAUAAGGUGGAAAGUGACAGAAGACAUCCAGUAUCAACCUCUGACCUCCACAUGCUCACACACAAAUGCACCUAACACAUAUACCACGCAUUCACUAACAGACUGUGUUGGGGUUAGGAGGCCACACGACAUGCAGGCUUUCCGCUCACAGGCAAUACCCAGCAUAGGCAGAUCCACAUGGUGACAGAUGAAGGCCACCCACAGCGUGCCCUCAGAAGCAGUGGUUUGUGGUAGAACACUUGUCAAACCAUACUCCACGCAGAUUUAAGAGCUGUAGUUCUGAG